AUGUCUUCAGGCGCCAAGCGACUGGUGCAGUCGCUUAGGGGCCGGACCGGGGGCAGGGGCACCGGCGGCGGUCGUUCCGACGCCGGUGCCGGGGACGACGGCGGCGUCGGGGGUGGCGGGGCCAGCACCAGCGCGACGAGACUGUGCCAUUACGACAGCGGGCAUGAGCUCGACGAGAUCUCGGUGAUCGGGGCUACCGUUAGGGACAACGAGGGGCUGACGACGCCCACCACGCCGUGUCACUGCAGGAGUAUCAAGUACGGUAGUGGACAGACGCUUUGCAGCAUCGCCGGACUGCCGCCCGCCCCCGCCAUACCCGCGCACAGAGCACAGUCCGGUGACAUCGCGACUAGUAACGGCGGCGUCUACGGGGGCGAGAAGUAUGGCAGAAGCGGAAGGUCCGGCGACGGUAGAACCGGCGGCGGUAGGGAAAAAGAGGAUGACACCAAGAGUGCAGAGAAUAUAUCCAGGGGGGUUUUACCCUCGAGGCAGAGCCUCUUGGACCUCGUCAGCGGUAAAUUCAUGGGCCGACACACACCCACUCACCACUACUACUAUCAGCAGCAACAGCAGCGAUACUUUAGCUCGUCACGGGACUCGCUUCAGGGGGGAUACGUGAAUCGGGGGGCGAGCGAGCUCGAUCUGAGUCGCAAGCCGAGAAGAAGGGACCACCUAAGGGGCAGAUUUAAGCUGCCAUAUACAGUUGCGCUUACGUCCUCGCGUGACCAAUCGCACCUUCACACACCGGCAUCAGUCAAUCAUCUCAGCAACAGUAGCUGUAACGGCACUGAAACGUGAGUAUUUCAUUGGCGAGUAAUCACGGGCCGAUUUCAAUUAUCAUCGGAUAUCAUUUCAAUUUCGAGGUACACGGCGCAACAACAGCAACAGCAACGCGGUAGUAGAGGCUAUCCCGGACAACCUGGAUCGAGGGGUUUUCGCACGGGUGCGCCAAAUUGGUCCUUCAUCUUCGAUCCUGCGGGACGUCUCUGUUACUAUUGGUCGAUGGUGGUUUCUCUUGCCUUUCUUUACAACUUCUGGGUGAUCAUCUAUAGGUUUGCCUUCCAGGAGAUCAACGGAGAAACCCGUUGGGUGUGGUUCUGCCUGGACUACUUCUCGGAUUUUUUAUACGUGCUCGACAUAGUAUUUCACAUUCGAACGGGAUACUUGGAAGACGGCGUGCUGCAAACCGACGCCACGAAAUUGAGAAAUCAUUAUACGAACAGCACCACGUUUUACAUAGACAUCCUGUGCCUGCUGCCUCUCGACUUUUUAUACUUAUCUAUAGGAUUUAACAGUAUGCUGCGAAGUUUUAGACUCGUAAAAAUUUACCGGUUCUGGGCGUUCAUGGACAGAACCGAGCGACACACGAACUACCCGAAUCUGUUUCGCUCCACCUCCUUGAUACAUUAUUUACUAGUGAUCUUUCACUGGAACGGGUGCCUCUAUCACAUUAUUUAUAAGAACAACGGCUUUGGCAGUAAGAACUGGGUGUUCAGCGACUCCGAGACGGCGGAUGUUGUCAAGCAAUAUCUGCAAAGCUACUACUGGUGCACUCUUGCCCUAACGACCAUCGGUGAUCUGCCCAGACCGAGAAGUAAGGGCGAGUAUCUCUUUGUGAUUGGUCAGCUGUUCUUCGGUCUGCUGUUAUUCGCAACGGUGUUGGGUCACGUCGCAAACAUCGUCACUUCCGUCAGUGCAGCGCGGAAAGAGUUUCAGGCGAAGCUGGAUGGCGUGAAGACUUACAUGCGGAUGAGGAGAGUACCGAAUCAUUUGCAGGUUAAAGUUAUCAAGUGGUUCGACUACUUGUGGUUGACGCAGAAGUGCUCCGACGAAGAGAAAGCAGUGAGUUGUCUCCCAGAUAAGCUGAAGGCAGAAAUCGCGAUAAACGUGCACCUGGACACGCUGAGGAGGGUCGAGAUCUUCCAAAACACAGAGGCUGGCUUCCUGUGCGAGCUGGUGCUGCGAUUACGGCCCGUUCUUUUCUCACCUGGCGACUACAUCUGCCGCAAAGGUGAGGUGGGAAAGGAGAUGUACAUAGUGAAUAGGGGCCGACUGCAGGUGGUAGCCGACAACGGGAAGACGGUGCUCGCCACCCUUAAGGCGGGUUCCUACUUCGGGGAGAUCAGCAUUCUCAAUAUGGGGACCGCAGGUAAAGAGUGCGGUAACCGGCGAACAGCCAGCGUGCGCUCGGUCGGCUACUCGGACCUCUUCGUCCUCAGCAAGAAGGACAUGUGGGACGUGCUCAAGGAGUAUCCGGCUGCCAGGGUGCGCCUUGAAGCUAUCGCAGUCAAGAGGCUGGAGAAAUACAAGAGAGCUCCUCUGGAGAAAGUUGCCAUGGGUAGGUGCCAGAGCACGCCCGGUCUGGUGGAGUCGCGGGGCCGCGUAUCGCUGGAGGACAUGUGGAUAUCGCCGGUCGACCUCAAGUCCACCCACGCGUACUCGACGGCCGCCUCGUUGUUCUCGCCGAGUCCGAGCCCGGUGACGCCUCGCGCCAUGCCGGGCACGGGGGUCCUAACGGACGCGAACAACGUGCCCAGGGGCGCGGAGAGCCCGAUAAGCGGGGCCAGCAGUGGUCCCAGCAGCGAGGACCAGACGGCCAGGGCGCCGCCAUCAGCCGCGACCCAAGCCUCCACCGGCAGGCAGUCCACUCAUUCCGGCAUGACUUGCAACAGCAUGACGCAGCUGGUGAGCGAAGGUACAACACCCCUAUUUGGCACCCACGAGGCUCUAUUGGCAGAGAUUCAGCGUCUCCGUGAGCGCCUGAAAUGCCUGGAGACCGAAAACGCAGCGAUGAGCGUCAAGUUGAACCAGCAACAGUGGGAGGUCGAGCAUCGGUUGGCCGAAAUCGAGAUGCAGAUUUGCGGAGCGAGCUCGACCUCGAGCGUCGAGGACAACAAUGAGAGAAAUCGGGAGAGCAUUAUUUAAC